AUGACAUACCAGCAAGUUCACACAGAAGAAAGACCUUUUAACUGUUCAGUCUGUGGGAAGUCCUUUAAAAGGUCUGAGGAAUUGAUGUUGCAUCAACUCAUUCAUGCAGGUGAGAGGCUAUUUACCUGCUUUGAGUGUGGGAACGGAUUCUCUUGCACAUCCCACGUCACUAGACACCAUUUUGUUCACACCAAUCAGAGACCUUUUAAAUGCCUUGCCUGUGACAAGAGCUUUAAAAGUCGAAAUGAACUGCUGUCACACCAGCAUAAUCACACUGAGGAUAAACCAUUCACCUGCCCUUACUGUGGAAAGGGAUUCUGUUGUUCAUCCCACUUGCUAACACACCAGCUAAUUCACACUGGAGAGAGGCCAUUCAUCUGCUCGGUGUGCAGGAAGGGGUUCAUUCAGUCAUGCAACCUGCAGAGACACCAGCUUGCUCACAAUGUUGUUGGCAAGCUCAGCACUUGUUGCCCAUGA